CUCCCGUUCCCUGUCGCCUUUCCUUCUCCAACACCAGAAUUGUCGCGUGACUCCGACCUAUACGCCGAUCCUGUCCUACUGGUCGAAUUAUUCCGCUUCUUGCGUGACGCCAGAGCGCCGACGCAACCCGAUUUUGCACAAGAUGCCGCGCAGGGGGGGUGCCACCAAGAGGUCGCGGGCAGCUCACGUGGCUCCAGGCCCGUGUCCCGUCUCGUCGGGAGCAGCCACUCCUCUCAGCUCGGCCUUGCCUUCUACCUAUGCUUCGGAAACCGAGUAUGAUGGAUACGAUACAGAGUCAAAGCUAUCUCUCGCCGCGCUUACGCUCGGUGGAUCGAUCGUCAACCCCCCCAAACCCGGCCGCAAGAAGCUGAAGUCCUUUCGAUUCCUCGACCUUCCGUCCGAAUUACGGCUCAGAGUCUACGACUACCACUUCGCCGGCGUCGGCGAGGUGCUAGACCUCGACCCGGAUAAUUACAAGAGGAUUCAUCGGAAGUUGGCCAUCCUGCGAACCUGUCGGACGGUAUACCGGGAGGCUUCCUAUUACUUCUAUAGCACUUUCCACGUGCGCAUAUUUCCGACAAACCACGGACGCUUCUUGAAGACCAAGAAGCCGCUGUUGGCCCGCAUGCUGCCGAACCAGCGGGCUCUCAUCACGACGCUCCAGUUGCGCCUAGGGCCCGGUUGGAGCAAGCCGCCCCGUAGUUGGGUCGUCAACCCGGCACUGGGCCUAUCGGACUGCAUCAAUGUCACGAAGCUUGCCGUCUACGUCGAAUGCGAUCCGGGAAUGGACUACUUCGAGGGCUUCCGCCAGCCGGACAACUUCUUCGAGCGCUUCUCCAAGACCCUGUUUACCGAUGUCCUCGCCGAGAUGCCGUGGGUCGGCCACGUCGAGUUCGACGCCCGGCCUAGCGUGAGGAAGUCGGGACUGCUCAUGCGCGGCCUGCUCGAAGUCGUGACCGCGAGGGGGCUCAGGAUUACCUGGGGCCAGGAACGGGGCUGGACCGACGCCGAGGAAGUGGAGAAGAAGCCAGCGCCGAGCUUCGGUGCGCCGCUCUUCGUGCCCCAGGGGAGCCCUAGUAUCAUGGUGGUGGUGUGAGAUGGGGCGGGGAAUGAGGGCAGGUCACGGCGCUCGGGUCGGGUUUGGGUUAGGGUCGAAGGCUUGUCCUGCUCGACGAGCGAGGACAACGCAAGGCUCAGCCCGUGGCAAUUGGUUAUGAUGGUAAUGACGGGAUGGCUCUACUGGUCAGGUAGGCAGGAAAGGUCUUAUCUACAUUCGCCUC